GCCUGAAGUGGUCUGGUCACAACCAAAGAAUACAUGCACCUGACAGUCUGCGUCAGAGAGUAUAUAUCCACAUGGAGAACUCCACAUACACAAUGAAACUCCCAGAAAUCACGUGGGGAAAUAUAUCUUGAGGUGGUGUUCGUAAGAUCGAAUGGUAUUAAUUCGAGUAUAGUUUUUCAUUUUAGAAUGGCAUAUAAGGAAGAUCGUAAUGUUUUUGUUGGAUCUUUAUUAGGAAGUAUCAAAGGAAUUAAAUUGGAAAAGAAAAAUGGAGUGUGGAGUUCUAUUACCAAAAAUCUACGAAAAGUAGACCGUUUAGGUUCUUCUCAAGCAGUUACAGCUAUGUCUUGGGGUGAUGAAGAACAAAAAGAGAUUCUUAUUGGUCUUGCUGAUCAGACUGUGAAAGUCUAUGACACUGAAUAUAGUGUAUUCGGCAGCACUUUUAAAGCAGAUGUUGGCGAAGGAAAAAUCUGUGGUGUUAGCCGUUUUCAGGAAGGUGCUGUAAUUGCAGUACAAUCUGGACAUAUCAAAAUCAUGGCACAUGAGACAGAUGGUAUAUUAGAAAUUGGAGGACCAAUGGAGAAAAUGAAACAUAGUUCAUUAUCAAGUAAUAUAGUUGCCACUGGAGGCAAAGAGAAGGAACUUCAGCUUUGGGAUUUGGAAGAGAAGAAAUGUAUAUUCACUGCUAAGAAUGCAAGUAUAAAGUUUAUCAAAUUACAUGAUUAUCUUGAAUUGCGUGUUCCUGUAUGGGUGUCUGAUAUAGAUUUUUUACCUAAUUCAAAUAAGGUUGCAAUUUGCUCCAAAUAUGGUCAUGUUCGUAUAUAUGAUCCUAAAGGUCAUCAAAGACGACCAGUUUUUGACUUUCAUAUCCCUGAGCAAGUACUUACCGCUUGCAGUGUAUCAGCUUCUGGAGACAAAAUAGUUGUAGGGUCUGGUACUGGGCACAUGACAGCUGUUGACACUAGAGGAAAAGGAUGCCUCCACCAUCAGUACAAAGGGUCAGUGGGUAGUAUUCGAGAAAUUGUCUGUCAUCCCACAGAAUCUCUUAUUUUUAGUGUUGGUCUGGACAGGCAUUUGAAAGUCCACUCUUUGGAGUCUCCGAAAUUAUUAUUUAAAGAAUAUUUGAACACAAAGCUAAAUUGUGUGUUAGUGCGAAAUGAAUUAUUUUAUAAACAUCCAAAAGAAAAAGUGGCUGUUGAUUCUGAUUGCGAGAUAAUAGAACUUAGUGAUAAUGAAGAAAAUUUAAGUUCAGUGACACAUGAGAAACGAGCUUUAAAUAAACUUUUUGAAGAAAUGGAAUCUGUAAUUGAUGUGCAUAAAGCAAAGAAAACCAAAAGAAAGAGAGUAUAGAUAGAAGUAAAGAAUAAUUUCAGAUGUGUUGUGUUAACCACAUCUGAGGAAAAUGUACAUAAAAUAUUGUAUUUCUUGUGUUGAAUUCAUGUAAUAAAAGAACUUUUUUAUGAAGUAUUUUUACAUUAUAAUAAUUUGUAAGUUUUAAUUGUGCCCACAAACACAUUUCAACCUUUUACCAUAGAUCUUUACUUUAGGUUAAAAAGGCAAUUUAGAGUAACAUGCUUUUGUUGGAACAAGAUUGGAACAAAACUGAACUUGUCAAAUUUGUAAUAAAAACAUCACUACUUAUCCAUCAGUCAUUAAUAUUGACUUCCCUUCAAUGUAUUGUUUAAGCCAAUACAGUUGGCACAUUACUCUCUCGCCCUUAUGAAGGCAUUUCGUAAGAAGAAAGUAACAACUAAUA